AUGGAUCAAGAUGUCUUUCUGAGAAAACAAUGGUUUAUUAUGACACAUGAGGGAAAAAUUGAAUAAUUUUAUGAUAUCAAUUUAAAAAAGGUGAUCGGAUCAGGAACUUAUGGGAGUGUGGUAAAGGCUACGCUGAAGGGUACAAAGAAUUAGAGAGCAGUGAAAGUGAUCCCAAAAAGCAAAGUUAAAAACCCUGAUCGUUUCAAAAAAGAGAUUGACAUAUUGAGAUAAUUAGAUCACCCAAAUAUCAUAAAAUUAUAUGAGACUUUUGAGGAUCAAAGAAAUGUGUAUUUGGUGAUGGAAUUAUGUGAAGGAGGAGAAUUGUUUGAUCGAAUUAUGGACAAAGGAUACUUCAGUGAAGCCGAAGCCCAUGAAAUCUUUCUGCAAAUAAUGCAAGCACUUAACUAUUGUCAUACAAAUGGGAUAUGUCAUAGAGAUCUCAAACCAGAAAACUUCUUGUUUUUGACCAAGGCUGAUGAUUCGCCCAUUAAAGUAAUUGAUUUUGGAUUGAGCACAUUAUUUGAAGACCCAAUUAGCUAAAAGGCCUCUGGGAGUCAAAAGGUUACAAUGAAGACAAAGGCAGGAACCCCCUAUUAUAUAUCUCCUGAAGUAUUGAAAGGGAGCUAUGAUGAAUCGUGUGAUAUUUGGAGUGCAGGUGUGAUCCUCUACAUCUUAUUGUCUGGAGUGCCUCCCUUUUAUGGUGACAGUGAUCCUGAGAUUUUGGAUGCAGUUCAAAAGGGAGAAUACACAUUUGAAAUACCUGAGUUGAAAUCAGUCAGCGAAUCAGCUAAAGACUUGAUAUCUCAUAUGAUAACAACUCCAGAAAAGAGAUAUAAGGCAUCACAAGUGAUCUAACACAAAUGGAUGAAGGAUGGCAGCAAAAAUACGAAAUAAUUGAAACUAAACUUCGGUCAAUUGAAAAACUUUAAUGGCAGUAAUAAACUUAAAAAGGUGGCUCUAACAUUCAUUGCUUCUUAAUUGAAUGAAUAGGAAAUUGCUGAUUUAGGAAAAUUAUUCAAAUAAUUGGAUAAGAAUGGAGAUGGAGUGCUUACCAUUGAUGAACUAAGGGAAGGAUUAAUUGGGAUGAGCGAUGUUUAAGCAAAGGAAUUAGGAAAUAUCAUAAAGAGCAUCGACACUGAUGGAAAUGGAACCAUUAAUUAUACAGAGUUCUUAGCAGCAACUAUGGAGAAAUCUUUAUAUAUGAAGGAGGAGAAAUUAUACUACUAGGCAUUUAAGAUGUUGGAUUUGGAUGGAAGUGGAAAGAUAGACAAACAUGAGUUGCAGACUGUGUUAGGAAAAAGUGAAAAAAUCAUAGAUGAAAAAUAUUGGGAUGAUAUGAUAAAGGAAGCUGAUAAGAAUGGGGAUGGGGAGAUCGAUUACAACGAAUUUAUUGAAAUGAUGGACAAGUUUAGUUUAAUAAAUUGA